ACCUCGUUGAGAGGGGAGGGAAAAGGGAAAAGGGAAAAAAAAAAUGCAAAACCGGGGAAAGAGGAAAAGGAAGAGGGCAGAGCGCACGGACCGCGUCCCGCUCCCAGCAUGUUCCAGUGGAGGAAGACCAUCUACAAAACAGUCUGCCUGUCCUUCCUGCUGGUGAUCACAGUGACGGUGCUGCAGCGGGGAAUGGCCCCCAGCCAGUUCCUGCAGGGCCAGCAGCAGAAGGAACUGCCUACACCAGAGCCCCUAAAAACACAGAAGAGAGACAACGCCUUCUCCAUCACCAGCACCUUCUGGAAAAGCAAAAAGGAAAAAGCUCCAGGCAAGGAAGAGGAAGGAGGCAUGAUGGAGAGGCAGGUCAAAUCGUGGGACAUCACCACUACCAACUGCUCAGCCAACCAGAACUUGAGCAAGUUGGACUGGUUCAAAGGGCUGGAGCCCAACUUCCAGCAGUUCCUGCUGUACCGGCACUGCCGCUACUUCCCCAUGCUGAUCAACCACCCCGAGAAGUGCAAUGGGGACGUCUACCUGCUCAUCGUGGUCAAGUCCAUCAUCACACAGCACGACCGCCGCGAGGCCAUCCGCAGGACGUGGGGCAAAGAGAAGGAGGUGGAGGGCAAGAAGAUCAAGACGCUCUUCCUAUUGGGCACGGCCUCCAAGGAGGAGGAGAGAGCCAACUACCAGAAGCUGCUGGAUUAUGAGAACCACAUCUACGGGGACAUUUUGCAGUGGGAUUUCCUGGACAGCUUCUUCAAUCUCACUCUCAAAGAGGUUCACUUCUUGAAGUGGUUGAACAUCUACUGCGACAACGUCCGCUUCAUCUUCAAAGGAGACGACGACGUGUUUGUGAGUCCCGACAACAUUCUGGAGUUCCUGGAGGACAAGAAGGAGGGAGAGGAUGUCUUUGUGGGGGACGUCCUCUACAAGGCCAGGCCGAUCCGGAAGAAGGAGAACAAGUACUACAUCCCCAGUGCUCUCUACAACAAAAGCAUCUACCCACCCUAUGCAGGCGGUGGAGGCUUCGUCAUGGAUGGACCAUUGGCCAAGAGGCUGCACAAGGCCUCAGAGACGCUGGAGCUGUACCCCAUUGACGAUGUCUUCCUUGGGAUGUGCUUGGAGGUCCUCAAGGUAUCGCCCGUUGGGCACGAGGGCUUCAAAACGUUUGGCAUCGUGAAGAACAAGAACAGCAAGAUGAACAAGGAGCCGUGUUUUUUCCGCAGCAUGUUGGUGGUUCAUAAACUGUUGCCUCCGGAUUUGAUCCAAAUGUGGGACUUGGUGCACAGUAACUUGACAUGCUCAAGAAAACUCAAUGUCCUUUAGCUCAUUCUCUCUGGAGAGCUGGGACUGAGUGGGGACACAAGUGGGACACAAUGAGCCUCUGCUUGUGGCACAGGCAAGGCUUGUGAUGGUGGUUGUUCCUGUACUGUAAUGUGGUUCGCCUAUCUCCAGCUGGGUUGGGGGUUACUGAAAAUGAAGAAAAAAAAGAGAAACCCUUGCACAAAGUGGGAAGGGAGAGAAAGAGAAAGAGAGGUCUGUGCCCUGCAAUAGGUAGCACCUCCAGGUGGGGCGGGGGGAGGCGGGAGGGGAUUUGUGCUGGAUGUUUAGGGUCUGGCUACCCGGGAAAGCUGCUCCAAAGGGGGAUCAGAGGUCUACGUGCACAUGGACACUGCUCAGAAGGGGAUUGUAUUUGUACCUGAAACGUCUCCUCCGUGGUGUGUCACCUGGGGGGGUCGCAGGGUUGCACACCAUGGCCAAGCACAGGGUUGCACACCCCCGUGUCCCUGCGUGCUGUGGACGUGCACAGCCACAUCCACGGCGCUCAACACGCACGGCGAAGUGCACAUGUGUGUGCUCGCUCUCUUCUCUCUCUCUCUCUCCUUCUCUGGUGCCAGACAUUGAAAGGAAAAAAUUUCUACUACCUCAAAGGUC